GACUUGUCAUCCUGUUAGGAUUUAGCCCAAUCGAACUUACACACCUCUAUUCUCAGUCAACUUUCAACACUAGCCUUACUCACUGCGGUGUCAAAUCGCGGAUACCUGCAUAUGUUGUUCGACCAGCAUGACAUGCUCGGCAACGAAGAGCCACGGAGUACCUCUGCGAGAUGUACGAAGAAGGGGAAUUGGAAUCGAGCGCUUGUUCUCGACACGGAGAGUGGAUUCGUUGACAUUCAACGAGAAAGCGACGUCGAUGGAAGCGAAUACCAAAAGCUGAAGUUGAGGAAAGGGCAGAAAAAAGUCCUCAUCUACAUGCAGCAAGACAAGCAGAACAGAUUAAAGACAGAAAACUUCGAGAAGAACGAUGUUUUCCUUGCAAAGCUGAGCCUCGAUCACCUCGGGUUGGCGAACCGUGCCCUUCUUCUGUUUGGCUGCCUUACGACAUUGUACGUCUCAGCACCGUGAAAUGAUUUGGCAUCGCAAAUUUCAUCCGUGCAUUAGCAGCGUGUUUUCAUCGUUUGUAGUGUAUUUGCAACGUUAGCGUGGGGUGGUGGUCUUGCUUCUUCGGCGGCAGCUUUCAGCGAGUAGAUUGUCAGUAAUUGCUGGCCUUCCUUAAGAGGAGGGGUACUUCUGCAGCAAUAGGUCGAGUAGCCGGUAUCAGUUGCAUCCACAGUUGUCAAUAAUCAGUUAAGUGGGGCCCGGCGACCUUAGAUUGACUUGAUUGAGUACAUGUUGAGAAAGUGCAGUUAACAGGCUUGGAGCCAGAGAUGUCGUUAACAUACCUAG